CGCGCGGAAUGCGAGUGUGUGACUAAUUCCUGAAGUCUGCCGCUCCUUUCCUAACCCGCGUCGCUAAUUCUCGUCGCGAACUUCUCGCCGGAGGAGCAGAGGAGCUCGCCAGAGAAGGCCAUGGGGCCACCGCAGCCAGCCAAGGGCAUCAUCAGCAUCGAGGCCUGCGCGCGGCCGAUCGCCGUCGACCACCGCAUCAGCCUCCCCUACUACUUCCGCAUCGCGGGCACCCUCCUCCGCCAGGCCAAGAUAUAUCGAGAUGAGAAGAACAUCCUCGACCUGUAUGUCAUCCUCCUGAGAUAUACGAGCUUGCUGUGUGAGACCAUCCCCAAGCACCGUGACUACCCCGUAUUCAAGUUGAGGGAAGCAGAGUUCGUCAGAAACGCCAACUCCUCUACACUCAUUGAUGUUGUCAAUGAGCUUGAGUCUCUGAAGCCAGUUGUGAAGCGGCAGCUCGUUGAGCAUAACAGAAGGGGUAGCCCGGAAGCUAAUGGUCUGAAUGGAACCCCUGCUGCAAGUUUAAGGACGGAGAAGCAUCCUCGAACCACAUAUUCCACACAGCCAUUUGUAGGUUCAUUGCAAAAAUUCUACCCAGAUGGGAGGCAUCACGUGGCAUCAUGGACAAGUAUCCAAACUGAUAGGCAGAUCCGCAAACAAUAUGUAAAUCUGCCUUUUCCAAAAGAAGAGACACUGGCUAGACAUUCAAUAUUAGGGCCUAAUGGGCUUCAUGGACAAUGGAAUGGACCUGUUGCUGCAGUCAAGGUCCAAUAUCCAUGCAAUCUUGAAUUUACACAAAGUGAUAUGACAAGUCUAGUGCCGGCUAUGUUGAACCAAGAUGGUCUGCAUGGUCCCAGUACCACACAUCCCGAUAGCACUACAAAAGACAACGAUGAUAUGCAAUCUGUUCUAUCUCUUGAUGAUGGUCGAUGGUCUGCACCAGCAGAAGAAUGCACCUCUACGCCUUCUGCUAGUCUGGAGGGAGAAUUGUCCCAGUUGAAUAUCAGACAGCCUUCACCCCCGCCAAUCCUGGCAGAAGUACAUCCUGAUCGCGCACCCCCAAUUUCUCCAUCAAGAGUUGCUGAUCCAACACAAGGACUUGCUAUAUCAGAAACCGGUCGUUAUCAUAACUUGCAUGUUCCGGUGAAGUUGAUGGAGUGUUUUCUAAGGGUUGCUGAGGCGAACACUAAAAGAAGUUUAGAAACUUGUGGGGUUCUUGCUGGUACCCUGAAAAAGAGAACUUUUCAUAUUACAACCUUAAUAAUUCCAAAGCAGAAAUCUACAUCUGAUUCGUGUGAAGCUACAAAUGAAGAAGAACUAUUUGAAGUUCAGGACAAGGGCUCACUAUUCACCCUUGGUUGGAUUCAUACACAUCCAACGCAGUCCUGUUUCCUGUCCUCUAUUGACCUCCACAAUCAUUAUUCGUACCAGGUCAUGCUACCUGAGGCAAUUGCAAUAGUUAUGGCACCUACUGACACAAGAAAAAAACAUGGUAUAUUUCAUCUAACGGAUCCGGGUGGUAUUGGUGUGAUCCAUGAUUGCCCGGAGAGAGGAUUCCAUCCACAUAAAGCCCCUCUGGAUGGCUCACCAAUCUACGAGCAUUGCUCUCACGUGUACAUGAAUGCUGAUACAAAGUUUGAUAUGAUUGACCUCCGAGAACAGUGAGAGGUAUCAGUUUCAUUCUGUCAUAGUUUGGCGGCUGUACUUGCGGCAGUUGAGCAAAUUGUCUGAGUUGAGCAAAUUGUCUGCCUUGAUUUCUCUAGUGCGCUGAAGAAAUGCGGGGAUACUGAUUUAAGUGAUUGUACAUAGCUAUUGUGUGUAUAGAGAUAUCAUUGGUACAUCCGGGGAAAUUGAGGAUUUGCGGUGUAAUUCACCCCCUUUACCUCUGGGGAUAUACACUUUUGAGAUGAGAUGUAAGUAAUGGUCAAUCUCAUUUUAUGCAAGGUUAAUUGUAAAAGCAUCAUAUGUUUUACUCCAUUCCGAAAUAAGUUGAUCGCUAUCUAAAAAAAGUUAGUCUUUAUUA